GCCUCUAGGUGUCACGAUGGGGCUCCCCAGUCCAGGCGGCUGGCGGGGGGUGUUUGUCUCCCUCUAUCGUUAUCGAAAAUUUAGCAAAAAACAUUUAUAACCCAGAAGUUCGGGCUUCAGCCUGAUUAUUAAGCACUAUUGAAACUAUAUCAGACAGCAUUUCACCAAGAUGCCAAUAUUUAACGACAGGAUGUUUGAUUCAAUCUUUAGGCCAGGCGUCCAUUUUCUGUUUCUUCUCUUUGUUUCCUGUCUUUAGAAACCCGCCGUUUCUGCACGCGCACUUAGCAAACCAGCUAAUAUGCAUCGCAAAGUUAACCAGUUUUCAGUCUUGCCACACCCAAACAGCUUAAAACAAGCAUCUAAAUUCACAAACGUCAAAUUAGCGAGGUUUUAUAGGGAAUAUGUGCGAUUUUUAAGCCGUAAAAUACAUGUUAGCUCGCGCCUGUCGCCGUGUUCGCGCCCCUCCUCGAGCAGUUAAAUUCAAACCCGAGCCGAUGAAACAUUGACCCGGUUCUGCGAUAAUAAAGUCCCAUCACUGCGGCCUGUGUUCGCUCUUUGGUCUUUUUCACCCCUGGAAUCCAAAAUGAUAGGUUUAAAUGUAAAUAUAUAAACGUUAAAUGCCUCUUUGGCGUUUUAGCAUUAGUUCUGCCGCCGUUGCUAGCGUAUUGCGCAGAUUAAAACCAAACGAGGAAGAUGUCGUUGCUAAAUGACACCGAUGGCCAUUUUCGAUAAGUAAGACCGAGCCUCGCCGCCGUGCACUGCCCGAAUCCCGUUGUUUAUCGCCUGAAAACAGCUGAAUCGCCGCGGUCAUCGGUCUCGGUGCGACCGCUCACUCUUAUUGAAAGACCAAGCUCAAGCAACAAACGACAGAAGGGAUAAAAACUGUGGAGAGCUCCCUCUACAACCCGACUGGUAGUGGUACAAAAACACGAUUAACCAUCUCAGAAUGCCCUCUUGCUGUGGAAAAUCAUAAGGGUGUUUUAAAACGUGUAAAGAGGUAUUACCCAUGGAAGGGGGACCGACUGAGGCAGUGGUGGAAGAUGCAGGGGAUGCUUUCAAGGCCAAGGAAUGCAAGACAUACCAAAGGCGACGAGAAGAUGAGGACGUGGGAGCUGAAUUGCUGCAGGCUGCUGGGUUAGAGCAAGCCCAUGUUGAAGGAGAGCCUGUGGUGGAGGCUGUCAACAGCAGUGUGGAGAUGAUGGUGAUAGACUCCCUAGACCCUGCCCUGCUCCAGAUGAAGACAGAAGUCAUGGAGGCUGCUGUCGGUGCACCUGUUGGUGUUGCUGGUGCUGCCCAUGAAGCCACAGUCACUACUGUCGACGACACUCAGAUCAUCACCCUCCAGGUGGUGAACAUGGAGGAGCAGCAGUUGGGCUUGGGAGAGCUACAGCUGGUGCAGGUGCCUGUUUCAGCUGUGCCUGUCACUGCCACCACUGUAGAAGAGCUGCAGGGGACGCUGGUGGACGCCAUGCCUAAAGAUGGGGAGCCGGUCAUCUGUCACACCUUGCCAUUGCCUGAGGGCUUCCAGGUGGUCAAAGUGGGUGCAAAUGGAGAAGUGGAAACUGUGGAGCAAGAUGAGCUCCAGGCCCAAGAUGAUCAGCCUCCACAGCAGGAGGAGGAGGAUAUGGUUGAAGCCCAAAAUGAAGACCCCGCCUGGUCCAAAGAUCCAGACUACACACCCCCUGUUAAAAAGGCCAAAAAGACUAAGAAAAGCAAGCUGCGUUACAACACAGAGGGCGAUAAAGACAUGGAUGUGUCUGUGUAUGACUUUGAGGAGGAGCAGCAGGAGGGACUGCUAUCUGAAGUCAAUGCUGAGAAAGUUGUGGGUAACAUGAAACCGCCCAAACCAACCAAAAUCAAGAAGAAAGGUGUUAAGAAGACAUUCCAGUGUGAGCUGUGCAGUUACACUUGCCCGCGCCGUUCCAAUCUGGACCGCCACAUGAAGAGCCACACGGAUGAGAGGCCUCAUAAGUGCCAUCUUUGUGGACGAGCCUUCAGGACUGUGACAUUGCUGAGGAACCACCUCAACACCCACACAGGCACCAGACCACAUAAGUGCACUGACUGUGACAUGGCAUUCGUCACCAGUGGAGAGCUGGUGCGACACCGACGCUACAAGCACACUCAUGAGAAACCAUUCAAGUGCUCCAUGUGUGACUAUGCCAGUGUAGAGGUUAGCAAGCUGAAGCGCCACAUUCGCUCCCACACUGGAGAGCGUCCGUUUCAGUGCAGUCUGUGCAGUUAUGCCAGCAGAGAUACCUAUAAGCUGAAGAGACACAUGAGGACCCACUCAGGAGAGAAGCCCUAUGAGUGCUAUAUCUGUCAUGCACGUUUUACCCAGAGUGGUACCAUGAAGAUGCACAUACUACAGAAGCACACAGAAAAUGUGGCGAAAUUUCACUGCCCCCACUGCGACACGGUUAUUGCCCGCAAGAGCGAUCUUGGUGUGCAUCUCCGUAAGCAGCAUUCCUACAUUGAGCAGGGCAGGAAGUGCCGCUACUGUGAUGCGGUGUUCCAUGAGCGCUAUGCUCUCAUCCAGCAUCAGAAGUCCCACAAAAAUGAGAAACGCUUUAAAUGUGAUCAGUGUGACUAUGCAUGCCGUCAGGAGCGUCACAUGGUCAUGCACAAGCGCACCCAUACUGGGGAGAAGCCAUACGCCUGCAGCCAAUGUGAGAAAACUUUCAGACAGAAACAGCUGCUGGACAUGCACUUUCGGCGCUAUCACGACCCCAACUUUGUACCCACAUCCUUUGUAUGCACCAAGUGUGGCAAGACCUUCACUCGCAGGAAUACCAUGGCCAGACAUGCAGAGCACUGCAAUGGUAUGGAUUCAGCUGAAGGAGAGAAUGGAACGCCAACCAAAAGGGGCCGUGGAGGCCGAAAGAGGAAGAUGCGCUCUAGAAAGGAUGAUGAUGAUGAAGAUAGCGAUGAGCAUGGAGAACCUGACCUUGAUGACAUUGACGAAGAUGAAGAUGAGGAGUUUCUUGAUGAUGACCAGAUGGAUGUGGAACAGGCUCCACCCAGCAUUCCCAUCCCUGCACCAGCUGAACCUCCCGUCAAGAGGAAACGCGGCAGACCCCCUAAGAACGCACCCAAGGCUUCUCCUACCAAGUCUGUCGCCAAAACCACCACAGCAGCUGCUGCCAUUAUCCAGGUGGAAGAUGAAAGCACAGGGGCCAUUGAGAACAUCAUCGUGAAGAAGGAGCCCGAGGGUGCUGAUGCAGCUGCAGCUGCCCAGCCAGUGGUGGAGGAAGUGGAGGCUGUCGAGGCUGGUGUAGAAACAGUGCAGCUAACGGUCCCUGAAGCGGCGCCUAAUGGUGAUCUUACUCCUGAAAUGAUCCUUAGCAUGAUGGACCGGUGAUCUGGGGGUACAUAUACAUGCACAGGCGGAUCACCCAUGCUUGCGUAAAUGCACAUCCCCAUAUGUGUCCCUUGAUUAUAUAUAUACAUACACAUGCUCCCCUUUCUCUUUCCUUACCUCCUUUAAUACAGCGCUGUGUCCUCUUGUUUUGCAUCAAAUUUCUCAAAGACUAUAAAUCCCGAAUUCUGAACGUCCUGAAGUUUCUUACAUUUUGUCUUUUCAUGAUGAUCACAAAACUGCGCUUUUCUACUGUUUCUAUCAUAACAGUAGUUCAACUGCUGAUUUCUUUUUGCUGUGUUCUUUGUACGUGUAGAGGCGAGAUGGUUUUCGAGAGCAGGAAUGUCUCAGACAUGGUAUAAUGUGGUAUAAUACACGCAUCUAGAGUUUUCUUUACCCAGCUAACCUGCCGUCUUUACUUGUCAUUUCUAUUACCAUGGCAAUAUUGAGAAACGAUCAUUUUGUGCCUGGUCAAGCGUUGAUAUCUAGAAUCGCCGUCACUGCUGUAGAAAUGGGUGUCUUUAAACCAUCUGUCCAAAAAACGCUUUCAAUGUUUGACAUUUCUGAAGACUUUUAUUCACUGUCUGUUCCUCAUGUGCUCUUUCACUGGUCACAGUUGAUAAUGUUAGAGAGCGUAGAAAUGUAGCCAUCUGAUGAUCAAGCCAGGGACGAUGACAUCCAUCCAUAAAAAAAAAAAAAAAAAAAAAAAAAAAACCUGCGGUUGAUAAAGUUGUACACAAAAAGGUAAUCUUGGCUAGUCUUGCUUGUAAAUAUUUUUAUUUUCUGUUUUAUUAUGAGCAUUUUAAUCUUUUUCUAGUGAAUUGAUGACCUUGAAUGCUAGGGCAAUGGCUUUUAACAGUAGUUGUUUGGAAACAUGCCACUGAAGGCUUUCAAAUUACUUGUGGGGGAAAAAAAUAAAAGCCUGAAGAAUCAUGUAGGCAGCAUAACCCCAUUCUUUCUGUCCUUCUGUAGCUUGAAUCGUUGCAUUUGGUCUGCUCAGCUCGCUUGAUGGGGAGGGGUUGCUUCAUCUUUUUACCACUGCUUAAAGGUGUUGAGAGAGUGGCUCUAAUAUUGUACCACCUGACGAAUAGGCUUCCAUGUCGGAUUUUGUUCUAGCUUUUGUAAAAGGAGGAAAAGGGACAGAACUGGGCAGGUACGGCGACGUGCACGUCUCCAAUCAUUUGCAUCUGUUUCGAUGUGGUCGUGUUCCCAACAACCACCCCUAAUAUUAAACUCUGUGACCCGAGUUCAUAAUUUCAUGGGAUUCUGAAAGGAGACUUAGUUUACAAUAGGUUUUUUCAGACCACAUUUAAUUUAAAAAGUUUAUUACGAGUGUUCAAGGAAGCUAUUUUGAUACGAACUGUUUCUAGAAGGGGAAGCUUGGAUAGGAUAUUUGUAAAAAGUUUGUCACUUGUUUAAAAGAGCAGUGUCCUUAUUUCUAAUUUUUGUUUUGUUUUUCUGAUUCAGAAUGAAGUUUUCCUCCAACAUGUAAUUGCAUUUAAAUUGCUUUCUUUUUUUAAGCUCUUAAAAUUCUAGGUUAAUGCAUUUUUUUUUUUUUUAAACCUAGCUGUACUGUGUGAAUUUUACAAUGGUCAGAAAACCAACCUUAUAAAGACAUUUAUUGUGGCUGGGUGGGGUAUAGAGGUCAUAUGAGGUAAGAUGGUGUGGAGAAUGUACAGCUAAUAAAAAAAAUAUUGUCCUAA